AUGGCGGCUCCGAGCCCGAGCGGCGGCGGCGGCUCCGGGGGCGGCAGCGGCAGCGGCUCCCCGGGCCCCCUGGGGUCCCCGGCGCCGGGCCACCCGGCCGUCAGCAGCAUGCAGGGCUUUCAGAUAAACUUCUGUGAAAAGGCACAAAGUAAACGCAAAGCACUGAAGUUGAAUUUUGCAAAUCCACCUUUCAAAUCUACAGCAAGGUUUACUCUGAAUCCCAAUCCUACAGGAGUUCAAAACCCACACAUAGAGAGACUGAGAACACACAGCAUUGAAUCGUCAGGAAAACUGAAGAUCUCCCCGGAACAGCACUGGGAUUUCACCGCAGAGGACCUGAAGGACCUGGGAGAAAUCGGACGAGGAGCGUAUGGUUCUGUCAACAAAAUGGUCCACAAACCAAGUGGACAGAUAAUGGCAGUUAAAAGAAUUCGGUCAACAGUGGAUGAAAAAGAACAAAAGCAACUUCUUAUGGAUUUGGAUGUAGUAAUGCGGAGUAGUGACUGCCCAUACAUUGUUCAGUUUUAUGGUGCACUCUUCAGAGAGGGUGACUGUUGGAUCUGUAUGGAACUCAUGUCUACCUCGUUUGAUAAGUUUUACAAAUAUGUAUAUAGUGUAUUAGAUGAUGUUAUUCCAGAAGAAAUUUUAGGCAAAAUCACUUUAGCAACUGUGAAAGCACUAAACCACUUAAAAGAAAACUUGAAAAUCAUUCACAGAGAUAUCAAACCUUCCAAUAUCCUUCUGGACAGAAGUGGAAAUAUUAAACUCUGUGACUUUGGCAUCAGCGGACAGCUCGUGGACUCCAUUGCCAAGACCAGAGAUGCUGGGUGUCGGCCGUACAUGGCACCGGAAAGAAUAGACCCAAGUGCAUCACGACAAGGCUAUGAUGUCCGCUCUGAUGUCUGGAGUUUGGGGAUCACAUUGUACGAGUUGGCCACAGGCCGAUUUCCUUAUCCAAAGUGGAAUAGUGUAUUUGAUCAACUAACGCAAGUCGUGAAAGGAGACCCCCCGCAGCUGAGUAAUUCGGAGGAAAGGGAAUUCUCCCCGAGUUUCAUCAACUUUGUCAACUUGUGCCUUACAAAGGACGAAUCCAAAAGGCCAAAGUAUAAAGAACUUCUGAAACAUCCCUUUAUUUUAAUGUAUGAAGAACGUACUGUAGAGGUCGCAAGCUAUGUUUGUAAAAUCCUGGAUCAAAUGCCAGCAUCUCCCAGCUCUCCCAUGUAUGUCGAUUGA